GUGGCAAUGCCAGGUCCUCAAACUGAGCCAGGCUGGAUAUUGAACCCACACCUCCUCAGUAACCUGAGACACUGCAGUCAGACUCUUAACCCCCUGUGCCAAGCCAGAACUCCCAGGUGUAUAGAAUUCAAGGUGUAAUUUUAAACCAGACCAUAAGGAAAAUUCCAGGAUUUCUAAUUUCUGAGUGGGAUAUAAAUGGCUAGAAAAAGUGUUUCCAACUUAACAAGAAGCCAGAUAAAUACAAAAUCAUAAAUUUUCAUGAUUACUUCAGAGAGCUGAAAUCACAGGAGAAAUAAAAAAACCAAUGACAACAAACCUCUAACCUGAAGGAAGAACAGAAAGUUGUCCUGGGCCCAACAUUUAGAGCCCUACACUAUGGAGAGGGACAGAAACACUGAGGGAGACUGAUCUCCGAGACACAGGGACACAGGGUUUGCUUAAGACUGAGGCUAGACCUGAUCAGAGAUUCCCAUACACACACACACACACACACACACACACACACACACACACACCCCAGAUUACUGAACACUGAAUAACAAGCAUUUGCUUAAGACUGAGGCUAGACCUGAUCAGAGAUUCCCAUACACACACACACACACACACACACACACACACACCCAGAUUACUGAACACUGAAUAACAAGCAUUUGCUUAAGACUGAGGCUAGACCUGAUCAGAGAUUCCCAUACACACACACACACACACACACACACACACACACACCCAGAUUACUGAACACUGAAUAACAAGCAACUGUUUACUGUUUAAAAGAAGCGAGGUGACAGAGACAUUGUCUGAGCUGCAGGUGCAAAGAGAAGGCUUGAAACUGAGAAUGGAGCAGAAAUUAAGAAAACCAGCCCCUACCCUAAGCACAAGAUAAUGUCAAAGGAAUUUAAAGCUGGCGGCACACCGAAGAUAAGCAGAACAACAACGAAACCCACACCUAGCUCAACUACUGAUUGAACUGACUUAACCCCACUCACUAAAGGCCUGGCAAUGACGAUACAUAUCUAUUUCUGGACAUAAGUACUAUUUAUAUCAUUCUCUACUGUGCUAUGCACAAUAUCUAGCUUUCCAAUACAAAUUGGACAAAAAAGUAAAAUUUACUGAGACACAGCAGUGCUAUUCAUUUACCUAUUAUCUGUGCUGCUUUCAUGCUACAAUGUCAGAGUUGAGUAGUUGCCACACAAACCAUAUAGCCUACAAAACUCAAAAUAUUUAUUUAAUGAAAAUGAAAAACUAUGAUAUUAAAAUUUGUGGGAUGGAUCUAAAGCAAUGCUUAGAGGGAAACGCAUAGCAUUAGAUGUUUGUAUUAAAAGACAGUCUAAUUAAUAGUUUAAGCCUCCAUCUUGUGAAACUAGAAAAUUGAGCAAUAAACCCAAAGCGAAGUAGAAGGAAAAAAAUAAUGAAGAGCAGCAAUCAAUGAAUUUGAAAAGAGAAAAUAAAGGAUAAUAAAGUUGAAUAACAGCACUGACCAAGAAAAAAGACACUAAUUAUAAAUAUCAAGAAUGAAAAAAACGAUUUCACUAUAGACCCUAGAGAAACUUUUAUUUUUAAAUUUUAAACUUAUUUUGCAUUUUUUAUUGUUUCUUCUAUUUCCUUGUUCUUAUUUUUGAUGAUUUCAUCAGGUGGCUAUUCAUUCCAUGUUUGUCUCAAUAAGGAAAUGAUUUAAAUUUAGGAAGUAAAAUUGACAGGAUUUGAAAACUACUUGAAAUAGGGAGAAGGAAGUGAGGGGAGAGAAAGCCAGCUGGAUGAAAAUUUUACCUGAGUUGCCCGAUUCAUAAUAGUGUUUGGUUGUUGAUAUGCUAUUUUGGGAUAAUGUGAGUCUGAGCAAGAUGAUAAAUUCAUCUGGGACACAGUAAGCCUUAGUUUACCUGGUGGACAUCUGCAUAGAGAUGCCUAGUAGGGAGACAGAUAUGUGGGUUCGGUAUUUGAAAGGUUUGGGGGUCAUCAGCUUACAGGUAGGAUUAAAACUGAGUAGUUUGAUGCGUGUUGAUUGAGAAAGGAUAGAGAGCCCAGACUCUAUGAAAAUUGCUUCCAAUUCAUUGGUGCCCUUAAGACAACACCAGGAAACAGAGUUCCAACUACCAAGGAAAAGAACUUGCAUGGGCAGAGGAGGACUUUGUCCGCAAACAGGAACCCAGAGCAGCUCAGGACAUAAGGAUGGGGAUGGAGCUCUGCGAACAAAUAUUCAUGAUGACUAUAGAGUUUGGGAUAUUCAGAAAAGUGAAUUUUAUAAACCAGAACAAACUUACUAUCCCCCUACUGUGAAAUUUGGAAAUUCGACUACGUUUCAGGAUGACUACGUUCCUCAGGAGAUAAAGCCUAGGCAAAGCUGUAAGCCCAGCUCUGCGGUCAAACGUUCUACUGCCCCCUUUAAUGGUGCUACAAGUCACCGCCUGGAUUAUGUACCUCAUCAGCUAGAAUUCAAGUUCGCGAGGCCAAAAGAAGUUUACAAGCCGACCCACCAACCCUUUGAGGAUCUCACAACUCACCGAUAUGACUUUCAGGGUCUUGUUGGUGAGGCUGCAAAAAUCUGCAGACCUGCGUACAACAGAGUGGCCCAGAAUGCUCACUUUGAAGGAAGCACUGAAUUCCGUGAAAGUUUUCAACCAUGGGAAAUCCCACCACCUGAGGCCAAGAAAGUACCCGAGUACGUCCCUCCCACGGGUGCCAUGCAGUGCGACAGCACAAGCCACCUCGACUACAUUCCACACCAGGCCAAACGUGUGGUUCCCAUCAGGCCAGUUUCUCAUAGAAGAAAUAACAAUUUUCCUUUCCAAGGAAAAAGCACCACGAAGGAAGAUUUUCCAGCAUGGGAAAUUUGUCGACAAGAACUUAUUAAGAAGCAACAGCAGAUUCCCAACCCCUCUGGAAAAUUCGAUGGUUUGAGCACUUUCAGAUCUCACUAUGUGCCGCAUGCGUUGAUUCCAACGGAGAGCUGCAAACCUUUAAAUGUUCCCUUCAAGAGUUCCAGUCCAUUUGAUGACGUAACCUUGUACUCUACAGAGUAUACACCAAAGAAACAGGAGAUCUGCCCUGCGAGUUAUCCUUCUCCUCCAGGUUAUAUCUUUGAAAAUACAAAUUCCCGAGGUCAUAAAUUCUUCCGCAAGGUCACCACUCCCACAGUGAAGGCCUUCUAAUCAUCAAAUUGUGUUUAAAAGGAACCUAAUAGAAAUGCUGAUUUUUCAAGGGCAAACCCAAUUUUCUAUAUAGCAGAAAAAAUUUGCAAGAGCGAGCGAAAACAAAUCAUUUUUUAAAAUUUUAAACAAGAAAUUGAGAAAAUUAUAGGAAAUCAAGAUUUCAAAAUCCAUUUUGUAUUGAUGUUUUAGCCAAGAUUGUUCUUUACUUAGCAUUUCUGAAAGUUGAAUGAUGCACAUUCCCGUCUGACCUACUUUAAUCCCAACGUACUGUUUGGUUACUUGUCUUGAUCUAUUAUUGUUUAUACUUGUGUUUAUAAUUAUGGAAAUCAUAUGGUUAUUCACAUGCCAGUUAUCAUCUAUCAAGUGCACUAGGACUCUCCAGAACACCGCUGAAAAUGGUACAUGGAGUCUUCUUCCAAGACAGCAGUAUUUUUUAGAUGCUGACUUCAAGUCAUCUGCAUAGUGUACCCUGAACCUAGUUUUGCUUGGUGCUAUGAAGAUGGCCACACUGCUCCUCACUGUGUUCAGGUUAAUAGGAGGUAUGGUCGUGUGACAAGUAAAGCUGCAGGCGCUGGAGUUCAAGUUCCAAUGACAUCAGUUCAAGUUCCAAUGACAUCAGUUUCUAUCUCUGCCACCCUAGGCAAGUGACUCAUAUCUUGGAGUCCCCGUGUCUUCAUUUGUAAAAGAAUAUCUGCUUUCCCUACCUCACAAAAAUUUUGCUCUGAGCAUCAUGUCACAGGAUACAGUAUAAUCUACAAAGGAAAAGUGUCAAACAAAUGUCAGAGAUUGGGAGUUCCCGUCGUGGCUCAGCAGAAACAAUCUGACUAGCAUCCAUGAGGAUGCAGGUUCGAUCCCUGGCCUCACUCAGUGGGUUAAGGAUCCAGUGUUGCCAUGAGCUAUGGCGUA